AUGUCUCAAACACAUCAUUUACUCAUUAUGACAGAAUUCCUUGGUCAAGAAAAGUAUUGCUAUUGGAUGCUGUUACAUAUGAACACAGUAUUAUGUAUUGGAUCGAUUAUAAUGUUGGGAAUAGGUACAUUGUUCAUUACAUAUAUUGAGCAUAUUUGUGGAAUAUUAAAAAUUGCUAGCUAUCGCAUUAAGCAUGCAGUGAACAUCGAUAUUCCACAAAAUAUUACAAUAAAAAAUAAAAUUUUGAUGACCGAAGGUAUAAUUUGUGCCGUAGACAUUCAUCGUCAAGCUAUGAAAAUGAUGAACCAUUUCAUGACUACAUUCGAAAUAUCGAUAUCUUCUCGAUUGUUUACAUGUAUUAUUGCCUAUCGCUUGAUCGCCUACAUGUCCUAA